GUUUGGGGUGGGGCUUGGGAGCCAGUGUGGACGGGGCCCCAUGAUUACUAAUAGCGACCCUGGUCCUAUGUGAUUUACUAAGGGCACAUGCUAAGAUUUGGGGAGAUUUAGUCGCCCAGGGACAAAUCGCUCUUCUUCGGACGAAUAAUCUCCCUGAAAAGCCUUCCUGCUGGUUAGAAUCUAGGAUUAGUAGUCCGAAGAAGAUGCAAAUUGUCACCUGGCGACUAAAUCUCCCUGAAUCUUUACGUGUGCCCUUAGCCUAAGCGUUGCUAAGUUACCUAGUUCCUCAGCAACUGGAAACAGAGCCCAAUACUGUAGAAUCUAUCCGUAGCGCAUGCGCAGAGAGAAGAGCGCAAGACUACGAAUGCGCAGUCGACAACUUCCUGAUACUGAUACAACAGGGCCGUGUUCUGUACUUUGCAUGUCCGUGAGAGACCUGUGCGACAUAACGUUUUGUUGCAGAAUGCAUCACCUCACGUCAAUCACAACCUCCCCAGCUUUUUGGCGUUCCAUUCCAUGCCAGCGUUCUGAACUUCGACUGGACUACAUGCUGGCUUGCGGACAGACAUUCCGGUGGAAGGAGUGUAGCCCAGGCUACUGGACUGGAGUGUUAAAAGGGCGUGUGUGGACUAUGACGCAGACAGAUGAGCAUAUCUGGUACACAGUGUAUACAAAAGACCAGAGUCCUGAAAAGGUUUGUGAUGGGUUGAAGGUCACUACAGAGCAAAAUAAAAGGAAAAAUAACACUGUGCCAUGUACCUUGUCAAAGAAGGUAAAAAAGGAGGAAAUAUUCCCAGAAGAUGUGGGGGUAACUGGAGAUGUUCCACGCCUUCAGGAAGAUGUAGAUUGCAAGAAAGACCAAGAGGUGCUGGAAGACUACUUCCAACUUAAUGUCAGUCUGAGGACACUCUACCAGCAAUGGGAGAGAUCAGACCCGAACUUUCAGAGAGUCGCACAGGAUUUUCCAGGUAUUCGGGUUUUACGUCAGGACCCCACAGAAUGCCUCUUUUCAUUUAUUUGCACCUCUAAUAACAACAUAUCUCGCAUCACGGGCAUGAUCGAGCGAGUCUGCAGCUCUCUGGGACAGCGUUUGUGCCAAUUGGACUCUGAAGUUUACCACACCUUCCCCACUUUAGAGAAACUGGCAGCAAAUGGCACAGAAGCCAAGUUGAGGGAUCUGGGCUUUGGGUACAGAGCCAAGUUUGUCAGUGAAAGUGCAAGAACCAUCCUAUCUAAACAUGGCCCUGAUUGGUUGGAGAGCUUGCGUCUUGUACCCUAUGAAGAAGCAAAGACUGCACUGUGCUCCCUGCCAGGGGUGGGAGCUAAGGUGGCAGACUGUGUAUGCCUGAUGGCACUUGAUAAGUCAGAAGCUGUGCCAGUUGACACCCAUGUUUUGCAAAUUGCAAAGAGAGACUACGUGCCCCAGCUUGGUGGUUGCAACAAAUCACUGACAGAUCGAGUGUACAGGGAGACAGGUGAUUUUUUCCGUAAUUUAUGGGGACCCUAUGCCGGAUGGGCGCAGUCGGUCUUGUUCUGCUCUGAGCUCAAGAAAUUCCAAGAUCCCACUAAUCCCAUCAAACCAAAGGGAAACCGGAAAAAUCAACAGAAGAAAAAAACAGCAAGUUCUGCCUAGUGAUGGACUUCUGUGGUCUAUUGGUCACAGCUCAAGAUCUACAGGAACUAGUGAUGUGCGGGUGAGGAAAAUCUCAAACCGCACCCUAACCUGCAAAACCUUAACCUGCACCCGACCCUAACCUGCAAAAUGUUGCCAUUGUAGGACCUGCACUCAAGCCGUACCCACAUAUUGUCACUCAUACGCUACUUCUCUGGUUGCAAGACACAAAAUCUUCAGGAGCAGUGGAGGAAUGUACUUUCCCAGUCUGACCAGCACUCAACACUAACCUUGACCAAAUAUCAAGCCAAACUUGCCCAACCGGUGGUCAACCCGUGGGGUCACUGCAUGUUUCGGGUCAACCCGCACAUCACUGAUGGAAACAUCACCAUCCACUCCUAAUUUGUGCACUUGUUUUCUCCUCCCCAUUAUUUUAUAUCUGACUGUCCAUUGCACUGCAUACAAAUGUACUACUACAUAAAUAAAUACAAUUCACCCUACCUUUUGGCCACCCUGUUGUAAAGCCUCCAUAUAUAAUUAAAAACCAGGCCUCUCACCAUUUUUGUCAAACACCAACUACCAAUUGAUAAUCUACCUGGAGCAGAUGAUUGUCUCUGCAGACUUCUUAAAGGGAUACUGUCAUGGGAAAAAAUGUUUUGUUUUUUUUUUCACAUUACAUCAGUUAAUAGUGCUGC